CGAGGUUUAAAUGUUAAGCACCAUAGAAAACUGGUCCUGCUUAGUAGCAGAGUAAACAUUGUAGAAAUCAGAAAUUCUUUUAUUUUUACUGCGAGUUUGUAUGAUUUCUUAUCAACAACAGCCGUUAUAGACCUUUGUUUGGGUUGGAGUGGAACUAUUUGAAACAUUGUUAGUAUUGUGUUGUUGAUUCAUAGUCAAGUAAAAUAUUUGGUUAAAAGUGUUACCUGGAGAAAACAUCUUCAAUGAGGAACAAAGACGAUGCAUGAAUCGAUUCAUCGAAAACAGAGCCCACAGCAUGCUAAUAUACAGCGCUCCAAUAGGCUAAAUGGGGAGGGCAAAUACCAGUCACAGGUCAGUGUGUCCAGUCACAAACCAUCCUCGAAACACAAGGCAGGAGUCAUCCAUCAGGAGGGUGGUAAGCUAGUUGCCACUGUCGCACCCACCACACUGCCUCAUCUUAGCCACCAGAAAGAUCACCAUCAUAGCCACCACAAACAUGGUCACCAUGACAACGAUUCCAAUACAUUGCCACAGCUGAACAAGUCGCAACCCGAAUCAGUCACGCGGCAAAACUCCUUCUCCACCACCGCCACGCCCGAUCGCACAAAACGCGAUCAAUAUGGCAACAAGCUUCCUAUGUCUCCAUCAGAGGCCCUAAAGCUGUACAGGAACAAGCUUACGGCCUUUGAGCAGACAGAAAUCCUUGACUACCCUGAGAUUUGGUUCUUGGGUUUGGAAGCGAAGAAGAUAGAGGGCGUUCCGGGCGGUGCGCAGAAUAAUGGAUACGAUGAUGAAAAUGGGUCUUACAUCAAGGUCAUGCAUGACCACAUGGUGUAUCGCUAUGAGAUCCUGGAAGUCCUGGGCAAGGGGUCAUUUGGUCAAGUGGUCAAAUGUUAUGAUCACAAGACUGACCAAAUGGUAGCAAUCAAAAUCAUACGAAACAAGAAAAGGUUCCACCACCAGGCGUUGGUGGAAGUGAAGAUCCUGGAUGCUCUGAGGCGUAAAGACAAGGACAACCAGUUUAACAUCAUACACAUGGGGGAGUACUUCUGCUUCCGUAAUCACUUGUGUAUCACCUUCGAGCUCAUGGGGAUGAAUCUGUAUGAGCUGAUUAAGAAGAAUAACUUCCAAGGUUUCAGUAUAGCACUGAUACGCCGAUUUGCCUUCUCCCUACUACAGUGUCUCAAGUUGCUGCAGAGGGACCGUAUAAUCCACUGUGAUUUAAAACCAGAAAAUAUUUUAUUACGGCAGAGAGGUCAAAGUUCAAUAAAGGUCAUAGACUUUGGGUCAAGUUGUUAUGAACAUCAAAGAGUAUACACCUACAUUCAGAGUAGAUUCUACCGCUCCCCUGAAGUGAUCCUUGGCUACCCCUACUCCAUGCCUAUAGACAUGUGGAGUUUUGGCUGUAUCCUGGCAGAGCUAUACACUGGUUACCCACUUUUCCCAGGGGAAAAUGAGGUGGAACAACUUGCCUGUAUAAUGGAGGUGUUAGGGUUACCUCCGUCACAAGUCUUGGACCAGGCCACCAGGAGGAGACUGUUCUUUGACUCCAAGUGCAAUCCACGGUGCAUCACCAACAGUAAGGGUAAGAAAAGACGUGUGGGCUCUAAGGACCUGCAGCAGGCAGUCAAGACCAGUGAUGCUAACUUCUUGGACUUCAUCCGGAGAUGUCUAGAGUGGGACCCCAGUAUAAGACUAACACCAGAGGAGGCUCUUCAACAUGAGUGGAUCAAAGAAGGACUGGUUCAUCGGCGUGGACGAGAGUCUAACCGUAACCAGAAGUCCACACAUCGAACAUCUCCAGCUGUGUCUGAAUCCACUAAUGCUUCGGAGGCUUACAAGCCUGAUCCUUAUAAGGUUCCAGCACAACCCCCUGUCAAAGAACGUCAAAAGAGCGGGGAGAACUGGAAGGUGAAUCUAAAGGAGAGAAAGAGUGCCAAAGUACGAGAACGUGUUCCUCCGGUGGGAGCAUCAGCUGAACAAAAACAUGAGGAAGUCGCUCGAGGCCCGAAUUACUUUACAGCUCCUAGUGCUAAGUCGGUCACCAAAAGUGCUCGCAAACCCGCAGUCAACACGUCCGACACCGAUACCGGAGGUCAAGUGGUCACUGAGGAGGUGGUCAAACUCAAUCUCAGUCAGCAGCUACAGAAACAAGACAGCGGAUUGGCUGAUGAUUCUUCGUCCAAUAAAUUCUUGCCACCCAUUGGGAAAUAAUUUUAAAAACAAGCUCACAUUGUAUGUGUUUAAACUGAAGGAAAUGUUUCAUAUCCUAAUGACAUUUUAUGUUCUGCAAACUGUCAUUAUAUAUAAAAAAGAUAUAAUUUCACCCCGAGUUUAUUUAGAGAUGAUUUGUACGAAUGAUCUUAUUGAAACUGUGGACUACCACAGUUGAAAAGGCAUAAUUGUAUUAAAAUGUAAUUGCUUUUUAUGGUUUUGAAGUUUUUUAAGGAUUUUGAAGCUUAAUCCAUUUGUUUAGAACAUUAUAUGAGCAGGGAAAUACAAUAUUUCAACUUGUGAUAUGUUCUAAGUUUCACCAUUAUUAAACGUAUACAUUUUAUACCAGUCCCGCCCACGACAUCACAGCAGUCUAGAGUAUUAUAUAUCGAUAUCAUUUUGCAGUGCAAGAGGCUGGCCAAUUAGUUUUAUAUAUAGCGCAAACACUAGCUAAUAACACUGGACAAUCUUUGGAUGACAAUCAUAUUUUUACCACAUUUGUUGUAUUUAAGGUACACUCAUGAAUGUUUUAUUAUGUUAGAAGAUCAUAUGUACAUGUUUUUGAAUGUUCAACAGUUAUAUGUAUAUAUAUUCAAGGUUUUAUGAUUAUUUUUCUUCGCAUAUAUUGUGCAUAUUUAAAAAUAACAGGGAACAUGUUUAUAUUUGACAUACCUAACAUAGUAAAUAUUCAAAUACAUUACUGUAUUCUAAGAAAAAUUGUUUUACUUUCAAAGUAAAUAUUCAAAUACAUUACUGUAUUCUAAGAAAAAUUGUUUUACUUUCAAAACAAGUUUGAUGCAGUGCUAGUCCACCAUGCAUCUGUUUAAAUUGUUGUCCAUGGUCUGUCUGUUGUCUGUAUCAGAAACCCUUGUUAUCGCUGUCUCUCAAGUCCUUCAUCAAGCUUUCUCAUAUUUCAUUGGGUUGUUUCUUCUUGUCCCUAGUUGUGCAUUUUGAAUUUUGAGGUUGAUCAGAAAACAAAAUGGCUGACAGUUGAAGUUUGGUUAUUGCUAUUUCUCAAAUCUCUUCCCUUUAUCUCUGUUAUAUAGUUAUGCAUAUUGAAUAUGGAGGCUGAUCGAAAAACAAAAUGGCUGACAAGUGGCUAUUUAAAAUUUUUGACUGUUUAAUUUUGAUUACUAUUGAUCAGAUCAUUUGAAUUUGGAAGUUGAUCAUUAUCUCUCAGAAAGUUCAUGGAUCUUUCUCAAAUUUCAUAUUAAAAGGAAAAGAGGAAAAAGGAGAAAGUAGAGAAAAGAUCAGUCUGCCAUAGAUUGGAUAAUGAUCAUUCAGGGACGAGUGCCAAGAUCCCUCUGGGAUCUGUUAUCAAAUCAAAUACCAUAUUCAAACCUAUAAGCACACCAGCCCCUAUAUAAACUUUUUCUUUUCUGGGAAAGAUAAUUAAGCUCCUUAAUAAGGUACUUGAUUCAUUGAUCUGCAAAUUUAUUACAGUAUUUGUAUGUGAGACUUAAUUCUAAAGAAAUUGAAUAAAAAAAAAAAAAAAAAAUCAAAGUUUGGUUUGGAAAGAUUUCCUGUUACUGUAUAUGAUGUCUUUUUAAUUGCAUCCCUGUUUUCAUUAGCAUAUAGUGCAUUUAUCAGGUGGCAUAUGAUGUUAUUUUAAAGGUAUAUUAUUGUCAUUUUGUUUUUGCUAGCUAUUUUGUAUUGUUACCCAUUAAAUUCUGUGAUAGCUUUGUUAAUUCUGUUGGUUUUUAAUCUAAAGUGAUCUAUUUUAGUAAUGAGCAUGUUGUGAUUAUCUGUUAUCUCUGUAAGAAGCUGUAUUCUAAAUUACUUUUGUUUUAAGAGUAUACUACCUGUUAAAGGUAAUAUAACUUAAUGAAUUAAUGAUAAUUUGAAAUUCUAAUUACAUAAGUUUUUAUAGCUAUAUAGCCAUCUAAAAAUGGAUCACAAAUCCUUAUACUUGGUUAUUGGGUUUUCAGCAACCAGCCAAUAUCUGUCUCAACUCCCUGAGGAGGAUACAGCCGGAGCUGCCAUUUUGGCUCCUACAUUUGUAUAGCUUACACACAACACUUCAUGCCCUGCCAUACCUCACACUUCUUUACAGCCAACUGGAGCACAAUGGAUUAUCUUGUUAAAGGAUCUCAUUAUGGAACUACUACCACAGUGAUUCCAAAUACAAAGUUUUACUCUUUAAUUUAACAAAAGUUACUACAGGUAAUGUAUGUGUAAAACAGUGAGCCCAACACAGUGGUUCUAGUGAUGGCCCAAUUUUAUAUUGGCUCUCCAAUAAAAAAUUGGACCUUCAAUAAACCACCAUGUUGGACUCGCUGUUUUACAUACACCAAAUACAUUACCUGGAUUAAUUUUUUGUGGGACCUCUUGUAUACACCUGAAUCCAUGGCUGGUUCACUUAGAUUUCUGCAAUAUACUACCUAUCUAGGACAUAGUAUCUACACUCCUACCCCAUCU